UGUUGACAAUUCAUUGUAAACAAACCGAUAUUAAUAUGGGAAUGUAAAAUGAACUUUCAUAAAAAGUAAAUUAACAAUAUUGUUAUUGGUAUAUGAACUUUGAAGGCCUAUACAAUAUACGGAAUGAUGUGGGUAUUUGGUUAUGGUUCUUUAGUGUGGAAAGUAGACUUUAAUUACGAGUAUAAGGUUGUAGGUUAUAUAGAAGGUUAUUUUAGAAGGUUCUAUCAGCACAGUAUUGAUCAUAGAGGAACACUAGAGAAGCCUGGGCGUGUAGUGACUCUAAUACCUGCCGAUGACCCAAGCAGUAAGGUAUGGGGUGUAGCUUACAAAAUAAGAACAGAGGAUGUUGAAGAAGUCACAAAUCAUUUGGACUUUAGGGAAAAGAAUGGCUAUUCCAAGAAAACAGUUACAUUUUAUCCAAAAGAUUCAAAUCUACAACCUAUUAUUUUAACGCUGUAUGUAGCUACAAUGGAUAAUGAAUCUUAUGCAGGUGCAGCAUCUAUAGAAGAUAUAGCAAAACAAGUCAUAAGUUGUAGUGGUCCAAGUGGUUCUAACAAAGAGUAUGUAUAUAAUUUGGCUACAGCAAUGAGGCAGUUAUUUCCUGGCGUUGAAGAUGAACACCUUUUCACACUUGAAACGGCAGUCAAAAAACUUGAUCCAGAUAUAAGGAAAAAUAUUUUAUAAUAUUGUAUUUUAUUAGAAAAUACACUGAAUAAGAUUAUUCAAAUAUAAUUUACCAUGUGUUGAAAUAUAUCAUUGCAAAGAAUUAUUUUUACAUACAUUUAUUCAAAAGCUGAUAUUGAUGUUCUGAUAGAAAAGCCACUAGCAUAAUAAGACCGUUAAAUAUUCUGUAUGCUUAGGAAUAAAAGUUUUUAUUAGGUUUUUAAAGUCAGGUAAAGUUUUCGUAAGAGCUCUGAACCUGUCAAUUAGCAGUCUUAACAUUCCAGUGCCUCACAAAUCACGUAAAGCCGAAAAACUUCAGCCUUAUCUUUUCGGUCGUGUCGAAUUUGCGAGGGAAUAUAGAUUGUCUCGAAAUUUUCGCGUAUGUGCAAAAUGUGUACUUGCGCACUAUAUAUGCCUGUCUUGAGAAUGGCAGCCAGUCGCAGAAAUCGGUAAAGAGGACGUAAUCAUAAAAAGACGUAAGUCGUGGGCCAUGGCCUAUGGCCUAGCGAUUAAAGGGGUCUCGCGCCUCCAUAGUUUAGGGUAAAACUGCUGACUUGUAAAAAUUUUAAUUUAAUAUUGUAAACUCGAAAAUUUUAAUAAAAUAUCAUAUAUGAAAAAUAACAUAAUUUUUACAUUUUGCAGAUAAUAUCAACAGUGACAUAGUGUUCGUCAAAUCAUCAAAAUCGUUAUUUCUACAUUAGUAAAGUAAAUAAAUUGAAAUAAUAAUUUUUAGACAAUGGAACAAAAAUGUUGCUUGGUCCACCAGAGGGCCUCGCACAAUUUACCUUGCCCUCGUAAAAUUUUCGCCUUGCACUGCCACAUAUCAUCCACAUCAUAUUUAUUAAAUGAAUAUCAUGAAUUUAAUGUUCCUUUUGUCAAUCUAGCUUUGGAAUCUCUAUAUCAGUUAUGUAAUCCGUACUGAUAUUAUAAAUGCGAAAGUAACUUUCACGGCUAAACCACUAAAUCAAUUUUAUAUUUUGAAAUUUGGUAAAACAAACAAACUUGAUCUCCAAGGACAGACAUCAACUACCCUUUCUCCUAGAACGUUAGGUUAAGCUAGUGAAAAUAUAAAUCAUCUUUCCAUCCCUGAAUGUCAUCUGUGUUUUAAUAAAAAUAUAUAUUCAUUAAAUUAUUAAUAAAUGAAUUACUAUUUUAGUGUCAGGGCUGUGGUUUUUUAAUAAUUAGGAUUAUUUAUAAGAAAUUGUAUACAAUUGA